CAGUUACUGUGACAAGUUUGAAGUCAAGGACGCGUGAGCGCCUGGUCGCUUUUCAUCGUUUUCUUUAAUGGUGAUUCGUCUCUGAUCAUCAGUUUUCUGUUAGCAACAUUUAUAAAUCACAAGGACAUGAUUCGGCUCAGUAGAAUAACGAAAAUGUUUUCAGAAACAGUCUUCAUUCAGAAGACGAGUUCUGUUCCUUCGAUAACAAGAAAACUUUCUACUAACAUCUGCCUGUCAGCUCCUUCUGAUUGUGCCCUUCCUGAGCCUCCGUUGCCACCUAACAAAGUCAUUUUGAAUACUUUGGGUGAACCAACUUUUUCCUCUCUGGGUUUGAAUAGCUAUUGGCCUUCGGGUUGGUAUCAAUGCUUGUUGGAGACUCUACAUGUGCACCUAGAUUUACCAUGGUGGGGCGCUAUUGCGGCUUCAACUGUUUUAAUUCGUUUAUGUGUGUUUCCUGUCAUGGUGCGUCAACGACGUCAUUUGGCUAAAUAUACAAAUGUGAUGCCUCAAGUCGCUGUCCUACAGGAAAGUUUGACACGUGCUAGACUCUCUGGAAAUUAUAUUGAAAUGAUGCGUACUUCUGAGAAGAUGAACCAGCUCAUGAAGAACAAUAAUUUGAAUCCACUAAGUGCCUUUAAAUAUGUGCUUAUUCAAGCCCCAAUUUCCCUUUCCGUUUUCACAGGAAUUCGAGGUUUGGUGAAUCUCCCAGUAACUAGCUUGCAGACUGGUGGUACUGCUUGGUUUACUGACUUAACAGCAUCCGAUCCCUAUUGCAUCUUACCAUUUCUCUCCAUGAGUUUACUCAUGCUGACAUUUGAGACUGGCGCUGAACUACGUUCGAGUCAGGCACAACCUGCUAUGCGUGUUCUUUCAAAAGGGUUACCGGUUGUUGGUUUCUUUUUCGUAAUGAACAUGCCAUCGGCUUUGGUAUGGUAUUGGACUGUUAGCAACAUAGUUUCUCUUCUACAAUCAAUAAUUCUACGUCAACCGUUAAUUCGUUCUUAUUUAAACCUCCCAUCUGUUCAAAAACCUCCUUCAGUGAUCGAAAAGAAACGUGGUUUUAUCGCAGGAUUCAAAGAAAUAAAUGUUCACAGUGCAUUUAUUGUUGUCCCACACUCUCGAUUUCAUUAUUCAUAAAUGAUUUACGAAGUGUUAUCAUAAUAUGUGGAACAAUCUUUUUAUUGAUAUCAUGAGCCGAUCAAUGUUCGACCAACACUGACAACCUGGAAACACUGGACAGCUUCCAGGUUGAAUGGUUUAUGAUAUUAAUUAAAGGUGAACAAUUUCCACCACUCUAUACUGACAUUUUUUUUAUUGUAAUCACUUUUUUCAAUAGGAAACAAUUGUAUGGUUUUCCGUUUUAAUAGUCAAAUUUAUUUCUUGACCUUGAACAACUUGGCCAUAUCUUUACAAAUGGGAUACUAAACCUAGAGUAACUUGUAUAGUCCCUUUCAAAAUGUGGCCUACAGAAUUCGCUUAUUUUAACUAUGUUACUAAUGAGUAACUAAGUUUUUGUAAACUGUUUUUCUCAAGAUUUAUUGUCGGUUGCUAUUUAGCUGCUUUCCUGUUCUUUCGCCCAAGCACUGGGUUCCUCAGCAGUGCGAACCAACGACCUUGUCGAGGAUUUAAACUAGCCGUUUAAGUCUUAAAGCGGGCGUUUAACUUGUCGAUUACGUAGGGGGCAUCCAUCUGUUUUCACCUCUAACGAUAUUUUGCAAUUAUCCUUAAAUACCCUUACUGGGUAACUGUCUUCCAGAACACACUUCGAUUAUAAUAAUCACAUGCUCACUAGCGAAUAGCUUUGAUGGAUAAGCCCCUGAAUUCUAGUUAGAAUCGAUGACCAGUGGAGUUCAACCAUGUCGCGUGAGGCAGUUACCCAUAAGUGGCAUUAGAUGAUUGAACGAUAUUUGGAAUUUAUCGAGGUCAGACGCGAAUAAUCGGAUACAAAUUCAGUAGUCUAGAAUUUAAGGACUCACCUUAAGACUCGAAUGUCUAGGUUUGGUCCCUGACUGAAUUGUGGAUAGACUGCGGAGUCCCAUACUAAAACAAAGCAAGUGAACAGUGCUCCCUGGUUUUUAAUUGUUGUUCAACUAAGAACAGUUCAUGAUGUCAACUAUAAAAUUCAAAGAUCUCGGCAAACCACUUAAGAUACUUUCUUGUUGAUUGAAGUAGUAAUAUCAAACCAGUCAUUUUUGUUCUCGUCUGUAAUGAAUAUUGGUCGUUGUAUAAACAUUUUUAUAUAAUUUCUGGGAAACUGGAAAGUCAGUAUGGCUUUAAUUGUGUUCGGGCGCAUUAUUCCAAUGAAUGUGAUACUGUUUUCUAUAAUAAAAUUUUUUAUUUAGCUUGUUCUGGGGUUUAGAUUUUUCAGAACUAAGAGAAAUAUUCUGUUUUUUGGAAAUUCUACAAUUAUAAAACAGGCUAUUUAUCAUGUAUAUUUUAUUCACAGUUGUCAUCUGCACAAUUUUCGUAUUUAGAAAGUAGCUAUAUUUUUUUCCUUUACACACAUAAACAUUGGUACAAGGAGGUUCAAUUCACUUGCUUACAUCUGUUACUCCUCAUGGAGGAGUAUCGGCCGUCCAUCACUGUCCAUCCAACUUUGUCCUGGGCAAUCCUUUCCAGUUGCUAUUCAUUCUUUUCAUGCCUGCUUCCGAUUCCCGACGUAGUGUGUUCUUCAGUCUUCCUCUUUUUCUUUCCAUUCAAGAUCCCAAGUUAGCGCUUGCUUUAUAAUUUCCUCAAUGUGUGUCCUAUCCA